AUGACCCAGGCACCAUACUUGCCAGUACAAGGACUCAAGAAGCAAGCCCCACUCAGGAUCUCUGGAUCUCUGGAUCGGCUGACUGAUUAUUCAAAAUAUGCCAUCUCUGGCAGCAACGUGAGUCUGCCAAUCUCCAGUUUGCCAAGUAACUGCAAAUCACUCACCUGGUUUUAUACUACUGAACAGAAGAUUGUAGAAUGGGACUCUGGUCAGCCUAAAUACUUCAAUACUAAAUUUAAAGACAGGGUCAAGCUUGAUCUUCAAAGUGGCACACUGCACAUCCAUAAUGUACAGAAGGAGGACAGCAGCACUUACCUCCUGAUGGUGCUGAAGGACACUGGGGACGAGGACGAAUGGAAGAUCUCACUGAUGGUGUUUGACCCUGUACCAAAGCCUAAAAUAAAAGUCAAGAAGACACAGGAAGUGAACAAGUGUUACCUGACCUUGUCCUGUGUGAUCCAGGACCAGCCUGUAAACUACACCUGGUACGCACAGUCCCUUCCAACAGAGUUCCAGAGCAGUGUGCUUGAAGUGACCCAUGUACCACAAAACUACUCCAGGUCUUAUACCUGCCAAGUCAGCAAUCCUGUGAGCAGCCAAAAUAACACAGUCAACUUCACUUCACCCUGUGUACUGGCCUCAUCCUCUGGAGUAGCUUGGACUGCAACUUGGCUAGUGAUCAUGGUAGCCACUGUUCUUGGUCUCCUAUGGAUCUGA